CAGUUGCAAAAUUCCAUGAAGAAGAGCAACUUAAAAUUGUUUCCAUGAAAUCCAGUGCUCCCUGGGGUAAUUGGUUUUAUAAACCCAGUGAAUGUUGGACAUCAAGGAGUUUCUAGUCCACAUGACUCAUUUUAUCUCUUCAAGCCCUGAGGGGAAAGGUUUCUGAAGAGCUUCCUGGUAAAAAAACAGAUUCUUUGACAAAGAGAACUUUUGCUUACUGUUCCACCAACACAGGACGAAGGAAAUUUGGGUUUUUAAGCUGACGUGUAUAACACGUGAGAACACAUGAAGACGAACAGCACAGGGUCCUUCGCGGGAGUUACAAAGCAUGAAAUUACACAAUAGACCAUGGUUGUCGGUCCUAAUUUGUCGUCUGGACAAGCUCAAGCUUGAACAUAUAUAUCCCACGAGCUUGCAAUUUGCAUUUCUUGUUCCUUGAAUCAUCACCAAAUAUCAGACUCAAAAUGGGAACACCCACAAAGCUAUACGCCUUGUGUUCUCUGCUACUGGCUUUCCUCUUCCCUUUCUUGAACUCUCUUCAGUUGGACGGCGGUAAGCUCUGCCGACCGGAAAAACAUGCUUCCUUAUUCAUCUUCGGGGAUUCGUUAUAUGAUCCCGGAAACAAUAAUUAUAUCAACACCACUACCGAUUUCCAGGCAAAUUUUGGUCCGUACGGUGAAACCUUCUUCAAGUACCCCACCGGCAGAUUUUCCGAUGGUCGUGUAAUCCCAGAUUUCAUUGCUGAGUAUGCAAAGUUACCGUUAAUUACACCGUAUCUGCAUCCCGGCUAUCAUCGUUAUAUUGAUGGGGCAAACUUCGCAUCAGGGGGAGCUGGUGCUCUUGUUGAAACUCACCAAGGAUAUGUGAUAGACCUAAAGACUCAACUAAGUUAUUUCAAGAAUUUAGCGAGGCUGUUUAGGAAAAAAUUAGGCCACGCAGAAGCCAAGACAUUUUUUGGUAGAGCAGUUUACUUAAUUAGCAUUGGAGGCAACGAUUAUUUAGUCCCCUUCAAUUCCAAUUCCACCGUGCUUCAAUCCAUUUCUAAAGAAGACUAUGUUGAUAUGGUGAUCGGCAACUUGACAACUGUGAUCAAAAAAAUAUAUAAGAAAGGAGGAAGGAAGUUCGGGUUUACGAGCAUGCUGCCAUUGGGAUGUUUACCAUUCACAAAAGUGCUCAAACCUGGAAAUACAGGUGCAUGCAUAGAUGAACUUACUACAUUAGCAAAACUGCAUAAUAGAGCACUUCCUAAAGUCCUGCAGAAGCUAGAACGUGAGCUCAAUGGAUUCAAAUAUUCAAUAGCCGAUGGGUACACUGCUUUUAGUGAAAGAAUAAAUAACCCUUCAAAAUAUGGGUUCACGGAAGGGAAGAUUGCAUGCUGUGGAAGCGGUGAAUACAGAGGAAUAUUGAGCUGUGGAGGAAUAAGGAAGCUGAGCUCGCUAGAGAGAAGACAAAUUUGACACAAGCUGGACAGGUCUCAUAUUUUUGCUGUGAACAUGUGCCUUAUAGAGUAUGGUUUGAAGGGCAGCAGGGGAAUCUUUUUGAAGACUAAUUAAUCUCAAUAACUACCAAGUGUUACCAGGAUAAGAAGCUUUUCUUCUCUGUUUCUAAUGAAAUUCUUAUUUGUUGACACUUAUUUUCUGCAUAUGUACUUGCAUAGCUAUUUUUCUUUAGGUAUAGUAGGACUUGGAGAAAAAUAGAAAUUCAAAAUACAAAUCUUUCUAGACCUGUCACAUAGAAACAAUUGAGAUUAUAA